GCAAUGGCGUCAAUCGUCGACGCUAUGCGAGGCCCCUAGAGGGUUGUUGUGUUUUUCUUUCGUCUCAAUUUUGACAAGCUCAUUCAUAAAUAUUGAAUGAUAAGAAACAUGAGAGAAAUAGCGUGGUACUCUACAUUUUUGUCUAUCAUAGCCGUAUAGCGGUGUAACAACUGCGUGCCACUCUCCCAACGUCUCAGGUAAUUUGAAGAAUUUAUGCCCGUCCAAACGUGAUAUCAAGAUGACUGCAGAAUAUAGCAGGGGUGUGCUAAGGGUAGUUGUGGCUCAGAUUUGCCAAACAAUUGGAUGGCAUUCUAUAAAUUCCACACCAUUGGAAUUCAUGGUCGAUCUUAUGCAGGAAUAUUUAAUGAGAACUGCAAAACUCACUCAUCAAUAUGCAGAAGUCUUGGGCAGGACAGAAGGCAACCUCGACGAUCUUGGACUAGCCUUCCAGCAUAUGAACAUAGAUAUUCAAGAGCUGGCAGAAUAUGUUAAAAAUGUUGACUCUGUUCCAUGUGCUGUGGAAGUUCCAAAAUUUCCAGUACACCGGGAAAGUCACAUGAAUUUUUUGAAACCUGGUAGUCGGGAGGUCGUCACGAGGCCCGUUCAUGUACAUGAACACUUACCAGCUAUGUAUCCGGAAACAGAAGAAGAAUAUCCACCUCCCAAGUCGGAAAACCCGUCUGUUGGGACUACUGAAGUGAUAUCAUUGAACGGUUCACCUCCUACCGGAUCGCUUAACUCAUCACCUCAGAGAAUAUCUCCGCAAGUUGUAUUCAAACGGCCAGGAGAUCCGGUAUCUUCGGAAAGUCCGAUAGCCAAGAGAGCCCGAGUAGUUGAAGAGGGAAGACCGUUACGGGAGAUCCACAGCGUGAUGAUGACCACAUCAGGGUUUCUGUCUCCCGCCAGAGAGGGAAAACUUCCAGAAGCUCGAACUCCGCAACAAGCUAGAUCUGACUCUCCUCCUCCAAGCUCUUAUCCAAUGGUUCCCCCUGAAUUGAAGUGCGAGAAAAAGCCAAAGAAACUUGUAAAUAAAAAGAUCGUUGAUGACAAAAAGCUGGACAAGGAGAAUAAGAAAAAAGACAGAGCAAAAGAGCUUUUCAAACCUGACAAAAUUGAUGAUAGUAAGGUGAAAAAAUUGGCAGGUAUGAAGGAGCUCGCUAAAUUAAAAGCCCUCAAACCUGGCGGUGGAAAAGCUCAGGGCGGACUUGCUGCCGGUCCGUCAGCCGGACCUUCGACGCCAAAAGUUGCACCUCCAAAACCAGUUGGGAGUCCAAAGCCUCCAAAAAUUCCUCAACCAAAGGCGAAAGUAGAAAAAUCUGAACAGAGCAGCGCUGCUUCCACGGUAGAACGUAAGGAUGAUAACGUGGACAAGCUUCCGUCAGAGCCUGAUAAACAGAAACUGAAUAUAUUCAAGAAAAUCUCUAAGCCUCGCGAUGACAAGGAAAAGGAACCUUCGGAAAAUAAAUACAAGGAUCUUGAUUCGCGGGAAAGUUCUCCGGGUUUGAUUAUAGACGAAAAUACAGACAAACUGAAUCGACGCAAUGAUACUGAAGUUAAAACCGAGGAAAAAAAGACACCGCACACACCCGAUGUUCAUGUUCCAGCUGAUGGGGAUUUGACCGGAUUGCAAAGUCCAUCUUCAGAUGUCUACAUGUUCGAUGAUAUGUCACCACCCGGCACACCAAGCACUCCUAAAACCCCUGAACUCAACGUACCUGUGGUUACCGACCAGAAGAAAAAACGAAAAGAGAAAGGAAAGAAGAAGGAAACAAAACUUAGAAGCCCCAAGCAAUGCAUCAGUCCGAAAAAGAUCAAAAUGACCAAUGAUUUGGUGGAACCGAACACCCCGGAAAGGCCAAAGACUCCACAGGCACUGGAGCCCCAUCCCCGAGAAACUGGACUGCCUCCGACACUGCCGUUUCCAUUUUUCCCCACGUUUCCUCCAGCUCCUGGUCUGAUCCCAGCUCCGAUCGGUCAUCCAUUAUUUCCGAGAUUUCCUCUUCCACUUGGUAGAGGUGCGCCGCAUCCUGCAAUGCCGAAUCUACCUCUACCCCCAAGAUUCGUUGGUCAGAAUUCAAAACUUGAGGACUUCCCAUUGCCAAAAUCUAGAGCCUUUGAUCGAGAAAAACCGCUGCCCGUGCCACCGACACCCAGCCUGCCUCUUCCCCCAACAAAACCAGAAAAAUCUGAGAAGGAAAAACCAGAAAAAUCUGGCAAAAUUUCUAAACAUGAAAAGGAGUUGUUGGCACAGAAUCAUACGUCUGCCUUGCCACCUUCAAACUUGGUUGUACCACUAAUCAAUAACAAUUCUACCAGCAAUUAUGCACUAACACCGAAAAGUCCGAAGGUCGACAAAAUUGACAAGAAAUCAAAGGAGCACAAAAAGGAGAAGAAAGAGAAGCUGAAGAAGAAAAAAGAAAAGAAAGAAAAGCAUAAAGAAAAAGGUGAGAAGAGUAAAGAGAAGAAAGAAAAGGGUGAAAAGAAAGAGAAAGCUGAAAAGCUGAAGGAGAAGAAAGAGAAAAAAGAGAAACGCAAAGACAAAGAUAAAGAGGAGAAGUCAGAAGCUGUUCCCAAAAUCACUUUGAAGCUUGGCCCAGCAUCUCCAAGACCUCCGACUCCGGAUGCAACACCUUUAACCAAGAUAACGAUUAAACCGCUGUUAAAAAAACCUGACGACGAACUAAAGCGAGAGCCAAGUCCCGAAUUGGCCAAGAUAUCUGCCCUCAUAACUCGGCCGCCGAAGCAGAAGUCGACAAGUAAGAGAACGGAGGAUGGGCUUUUAGACGUCAGCCCAACCUUUUCAUCUGAUAUCAAUAUCUCUGCCCAUAUUUCCUCAACCACUACGGCAUCCUCCACACCUCGGGCAAAAAAAUCCCUCUUCAAAACCCUACCCUCUAGAGACUCUUCCGUUCUAUCUUAUUCCGAAAUUUCUGAAAUUCCAAGCCCCUCGUUACCUCCGCAGCAACCUGCGUUCUACUACGAUCAAGAGGGAAAACAAGUUUGGAUAUGUCCUGCGUGUGGAAGGCAGGACGACGGUACACCAAUGAUUGGAUGCGACGACUGCGACGCUUGGUACCAUUGGGUAUGCGUCGGUAUGCAAGUUCCUCCAGCAAAGAACGAGGACUGGUACUGUCGUAUAUGUCUUGCUAAGAAGCAGGAGCUUCAUCACGAUAAGAAGAAGAAGAAGCGUAAGAAAAAAGUAAAAGUGGCUGCCUAGUAUAAGCUAACCGGGUCCGGUGCGAGACCCGGUUUAUCGAGCCAAUCUACAGCAAAGGUAAAGUUAAAAACUAGCCCCAAGAUUGGUCUAAAAGGAGUUGGUAUCAAGGGUAAAAAAGUUUCAAAAAAAGACCUUAAAAUACAAAUGAAAGGGUUUAAAACAAAAACUGGCAAGCCCACCAAAGUCAAGGGUAAAAAAGGCGUAUUAAAAAUGCAGACAAUCAAGAAAGGCAAACGUCUCAAAGACGUCACACUGUAGACUAAAACCAAAUGUAAAUUUUGAUACCUCAGAUGACAUCGAUAGUGCGUCCAAUAAAUCGUUGCCUAAACAUUAAUUUGAGAUAUCAAGCAAUCUGAUGCAAUUACGGUAUAGAAUUGAAAAUUUGUAUAUUAAUAUUCUUGUAGAAUGCUGGUCUUAAUUCAUGUCAAUUGAGAUGUGGAGCUAUAAUUAUUGAACUAACUUUAUUGGUGAACUGGAAUGUAUUGCAUUAAAACAAUAGUUUGCAAAAACUUCUACCACAAACAAAAAAGUGAAUAAAUUAAUUAUAAAUAAUUUGAAUUUAGAACGGAGUGAUAAUGUUGGAUAGAUAAAAUUCCUAGCAAUAUUUAAAUCAAAUUCGUACAACUUUCAUGAAUUUUCAUAUAAUAUCUUUCACUUAUUCUCUGUAGGUUCGGUAAAUGAUGCUUAAGGAACUUAACAGUCGAAUCUAAAAUUCUAACUACAUAUACACUCAUAUAUGUAUGUAUACAUAUAUACAUAAUAGUUUAUAUAAAAUGAAAUAAACUAGUAUAAAUAGUUGAUAAAUAUGGAGGAAGAAAUAAGCUAAUUUUUAAUAAUGUGAUACGAUAUAUCGUGAGUUUAUAAAUGGAAACAAACAAAAAACACACAAUAAAUAUAAUAUACAAUUCUAA